AUGAAAAUCAUAAAUUGGCACAAUGUUGGAACAUGUUAUGAUGAAGGACAUGGUAUUAUAAAAGAUGAAAAUUGGUUUUCGUUAGGAAUUGGUAUUGAAAAAAAUUUUCAAAUGGGUAUGGAUUGGCUUAAAAAAGGUGCAAAUAAUGGUAAUAUCUUUACCAUUAAUUGUCUUGGUCUUGAUUAUAGAAGUGAGAAUGCAGUUUUUGAAAAUCAGCUGAAGGAAGUUUGA